UUUUCUCUCGCUCCUCGUUAGCAAAUCCGCACUCGGAACGAUGGCCGCAGCAGCCCCGCAGCCCGUUCACCGCGACGAGCACGAGAGCGCCGCUUGACGCGGAGCCGUCCGCUGUGAUAGAGCGCCUUUCGACCCUAACCCGACGACGUUUCAUGUGGUCGCCGGGGAGCCUUUCGCCGCCGACUCCAUUGGGGCGCGAAGGAGCCGCGGAGCUCGCGGCUCGCGACCGCCCGCGUCUGUCGGCGCCGCAGCGAGCAAGGCGGGCUGGGGGUGCGACAGCAUCCCUCCGUCCCCCCCGUCUUCUGCCGCCCUCACACCGUCGUAGGGCGCUCUCUGCGCGUGGGAAGGCCGCCCCGAAGCGCCCCUCUGUGGGAGGAUGUUGCGGGAGUAGCACGUCUCCGAGCGGAAGAUGGGGAAGGACCAGGAGCUGCUGCAGGCGGUGAAGACCGAGGACCUGCUCGCCGUGCAGAAGCUGCUGCAAAGGCCCCGGCCGGGGAAAGCAAAGUUGCUGGGAUCUGCAAAGAAAGUGAAUGUCAACUUCCAGGAUACAGAUGGAUUUUCCCCUCUGCAUCACGCAGCCCUCAACGGGAAUACGGAGCUUAUCGCUCUGUUGCUGGAGUCACAGGCGGCUGUUGACAUCAGAGACCAGAAAGGAAUGCGGCCACUGCACUACGCGGCCUGGCAGGGGAAGGCCGAGCCUAUGAAGACGCUCCUGAAAUCGGGUUCGUCUGUCAACAUCCAAUCGGACGAAGGGCAGAUUCCUCUCCAUCUGUCAGCGCAGCACGGCCAUUACGAUGUGUCUGAAAUGCUGCUGCAGCACCAGUCCAACCCGUGCAUUGUGGAUAAUGCGGGCAAAACACCUUUGGACCUAGCCUGUGAAUUCGGCAGAGUCGGGGUUGUCCAAUUAUUGCUGUCAAGUAACAUGUGUGCCGCUCUGCUGGAACCUAAGAAAGGAGAUACCACGGAUCCCAAUGGGACAUCUCCUCUACACUUGGCUGCCAAGAAUGGACACAUCGACAUCAUCAGACUGUUGAUCCAGUCGGGAAUAGACAUUAACCGACAGACCAAAGCCGGGACUGCCCUGCACGAGGCCGCCCUGUGCGGCAAGACUGAGGCAGUGAGACUCCUGCUGGAAAGUGGUAUCAACGCCACAGUGAGAAACACCUACAGCCAGACUGCGCUGGACAUUGUGUAUCAGUUCACUGCAACUCAAGCAAGCAAAGAGAUCAAGCAGCUACUACGGGAUGCGUCAGCUGCUCUUCAGGUUCGGGCUUUGAAAGAUUACUGCAACAAUUAUGACUUAACCAGCCUCAACAUCAAAGCAGGGGACGUCAUUACGGUGUUGGAGCAGCACCCUGAUGGACGGUGGAAAGGCUGUAUCCAUGACAACCGAACAGGAAAUGAUAGGGUGGGCUACUUCCCCUCCACCAUGGUGGAGGUCAUCAGCAAACGAACAGGUUUGGCCAGCACAGUCAUUUGCACUCAACAGUUUCAAAAGAUACCGCUGGUCGCCCCGGCGAUGGUUGCCCCUGCCAACGUGGUAGUCAACGGCAACGACACCACGUUCCAUCAGAUCCAUAUCCUGCCUCCACCGCCUCCUCCUCCACCACAUUCCCAUCAGCCACUGCUUCCACUUUUCACUUCCUUUGGCUAUAACAGGUCGCCCGUGACAACCCCACAGGGAGACACCCCCACUGCCCCAGGUUGUCGUGGCUCAGAGGCAAGUCCUCACAGCUCCCCCACUACGUCCUGUGGGCCCCACGGAGGCUCCAAUGAAGAGAUCUGGGUACUGCGCAAGCCUGUGGCAGGUGGAGACCGCAGCAGUUUAGGGAGUUCCGGCAGUGCGACCAGUGUGAGGUCAUCAGGCAGUGGCCAGAGUGCUGGAAGCGCUGCACACAUCCUCCAUGCGCAGGCCGAAGGGGUGAAGCUUCUAGCCACAGUCUUGUCUCAAUCUGCCAAAGCCAAGGAACAUCUGCUGGAGCAGUCCAAGUCUGUGGACCAGCCUGCAGUAGGUUCUGCCAGUUCUUCUCGGACAUCGAGCCUAUCGGGCUGCCCUCUCCAUGAAGCGCCGCCUUACGAUGCCGCAGCGAACAGGAAGGGGGAGGCGACAGGCGAGGGGAAGAGCUCAGAAGCAGUUGUCCAAUGGCUGAGUGACUUUCAGCUGCAGGUCUACGCUCCCAACUUCCUGGGCGCCGGGUAUGACUUGCCCACAAUUAGCCGAAUGACCCCCGAGGAUCUGACAGCCAUCGGAAUAACUAAACCAGGUCACAGAAAGAAGAUGACAACCGAGAUUAAUAAACUGAGUGUCACUGAGUGGCUGCCUGGGCACAAACCUGCCAGUCUUGGAGAGUGGUUGUGUGCUAUUGGUCUAAGUCAGUACCACCAAGUGUUAGUGCAGAACGGUUACGAAAACAUCGACUUCAUCACGGACGUCACUUGGGAGGACCUACAGGAAAUUGGUAUUACCAAACUGGGCCACCAGAAGAAGCUGAUGUUGGCAGUGAAGCGACUGGCUGAAAUGCAGCGCAACUCGGACGGGCGGGGCUCCCUCCGAAAGAAGCCUGCACCCAUCGCUCAGCAGCAGGAAGUGAUGUCGAUGGAAAGCCCUCCCCCGGAUGAUGUGAUGUCUCCAAAAAUGAGCACCUUCCAGGACAGCGAGUUGAGUAGCGAGCUGCAAAAUGCCAUGAGCCAUUCAGCUCAGGAGGUCAAAUCUCAGCCAACGCGUAGUCUCGACAAGGAUCCCGAUGAUGUGAACUCUGGAGGAGGAGGACCACCUAAGAAGGAGGCAAGGACAAUGAGGCAGCAGAGCAGCCAGGGAGGCACCUCCUCCCACAGGAGCAGCGUGUCUUCUCAAGGCAAACACCGUCACUGCCACUCCCAGCCCGCACCUCCCUACACACCACCUCACACUCCAACCAAGACCAGGACCUCAUCAUCUUCUUCCACCUCCUCCGUCCAGAGUACAUCCUCUCCCCAGUCCAAACACAGAGUGUCCCCCCAGUUCAUCCAAGGUGAACGACCUGUGUCACCACACUCACAUUGCGGCGCUCCAGUCCAGUCCCCGCAGCAGAAUCAAAUACACCAGAGCCACCCGCAUGAGAUCGGGGAUUGUGCACAAGCACAGGUCCUCCUCCUCCGCCUCCCGCCAGAGGCGGAGCUUGCAGACGGCGAUGCAGCAGACCCCUCAAAACUGCAAAAGAAGCGAGCCGACAGUCUCAACCGGCAUGCUGCUUCAGAUGGCGAGUGUGAUGAGAGGACGGGGGGAGGAAGAGGACGGGGUGGGGAAGAACAGAUCACCUCAGAGCGAGGCUCAAACGUUCGAGCAGAAGGUGGUAAAUACGCCACGGUAACCCACCGUGUCAGCCGCAGCCACUCUGUGCGCUACCAGGACAAAACCGUGACUCGCAACCAGCCGCAGUCCAUCGCUCUGCGCCAAAAGAAAAAGGGGCCGCCCCCACCGCCUCCCAAACGCUCGAGCUCGGCAAUAUCCACCUCGAACUCUAACCUGAGCGAAGGCAACACGCCAGCCCAAGUGCUGACGACCACCGAUGGGAUGCUGGAUGUGCCUUACCGCCAGCAACGACGGGCCAGCGACUUGGGAGUAUCUGUUGAAACAGGAGCUGUCGAAACAAACAGCAUGGGAAGUGUGAGGAGCAUUGCCGCCAUGCUGGAAAUGUCGUCCAUAGGGGGUGGAGCCAAAGGGAUGGCGCUGCAGAAGAACUUCCUGCAGGCAGGGAAAACACGCGAAACCAUCGGACUGGACGGCGAAGUCGUGAACCGACGACGGACCAUUAGUGGGCCAGUCACUGAGCUGGUGGCAGCUGCGAGGCGCCAGCAGCCGACGCUUUCUGUCGUUUCCCAGCCUGAAUGCUCCCCGCUCCCUGUAACUUCGUCCUCCCCCAAUCCAAGCCCCGGAGGAAGCGGCAGUUCUUCUGAAAACCUGCCCUUUGCAGAGGAGGGAAGCCUGACCAUCCGCCGACAAGUUCGAGGAGAAGGACAGUGUGUGUUUUGUGUCUGUCUGCAGAGUGACGGCGACGGACCCCAGGGAGAUGGCGGAUACACGGAGGAAGACAUCUCCCGGGUGGAAGCCACUGCGACCUUAAAGCGACGGCCCCGCAGCGCCAAGACUCACCCGAACGGGUCGGGCUUCACCCUCCAGGAGUCGUCCACCGUCAAACGGAGGCCCAAGAGUCGCGACAAGGAGCCGGAGGGCUUCGCAGACCUCGCGGGUCCGAACGGAGAACCCGCGGGUAACGGACCGCCAAACACCGCGCAGCCGGCACCUUACCAGAACGGCACAGCCACCGUGAAACGCCGCCCGGUGUCUGACGCCGGAGCGACGGAGCAGCCGCAACCGCAAUCCCAAGUGACUGCUGCUCCUCGAAGGGACAGUUUGGACGAAGGAGCUCCAGUGGGGAGUGAAGAAGCUCCAGUGAAAAAACCAAAGCCGCCAGUCUCCCCGAAGCCAGCGGUGGCACAGAUCAAGAGACACGGAGGCCCGCAGACAGCCUCGAACAAGAGAGUCCCUUUGCCGGGCCCGGGGACACCUGGCAGUCCAGUGGAAGGAAAAAAGAUUCCUCCUCCUGUCUCGCCAAAACCCGCCCCCCCGCCCACGGCACCGAAGCCAGCCAAGCCGAUCCCCUCGGCGACCGGCCCCCCUUCCCCGACUCCGGCAAAGCCGCACCCUGCGGCGGCCCGGCGGACCGGCUCGCCGCCCUCGCCGCCCGGCUCCAAGACCCCCAGUCCGCCGAACGUGAAGUUACCGAGCCCGUCCGCGCAAAGUCCGCACACCCCGCAGACGCCCACCACGCCGCAGACUCCUCAGACCCCCGCCACUCCCAGCCCACCGGUCAAGCCUCCUCGCUCCUCCAUCGGGGGCGUAUCUGUGGACAGCGGGAUGACGGCGGUCGGGACGAACACGCCGAUCUCCUCGACGGCAGACUUUGGUGCGGAUUCUUUGGUGCGUCAGAAGUUGGAUGAGACGAGCGCGUCGCUGGCUGCCGCCCUGCAGGCUGUGGAGGACAAAAUACUGCGGCAGGAGGAUUCCGUGACAGAGCAGAAGACCACCGUGAGCAUCCUCGACGACAUCGGCAGCAUGUUCGACGACCUGGCCGACCAGCUGGACGCCAUGUUGGAGUAAACCGCUCGGCACGUCACCGUGGCGACGCUGCACCCGAAGUGACUCGGAUGGCACAAUGGGCAAUUCAGCUCUCCGUCUCUUUUCUAGUCAUCCUUCGCUCACGGACUUCGCACUUUUCCUGUCUGUCCGGCGCUGCUCGAGGAAACCUCCGAUCCUCUUCUACGGGCGGAGCGUUGACAAAAAAGGAAGAGGAAGAAGAAGAGCAACAAAGAGAGGGAGCCUGCAAUCCAAGUAGACACGUGAACAAAAACAACCACGCUAAUAGCAACAGUGGGACGAACCAUUGUAUGGUAUGUGUACGUUCGAAGCACGGAGAGUUUCUAUCGACGGAAAACCCCCCUCCCGCAUUAGCACGCUAGUCUAUAAUCAUCGACAGAAAAUGAUGAAUCUCUGGCUCUUUGGAUUGAUGUCUCGGCUCCGUGUGGAAUUCUGACCUCUGGUGUUUUGGCCAUGCAAAAUGUAAACUAAUCUGUGACCAAAAGCGGAUCAUUCAGCUCCUGAAGUGUGUGUGUGCGUGUGUGUGAAAAGGGGACAGAGCGACAGGUGUGCGUGGGACUUUGAAGUUCCGCUUGCCUUUGCAUCACCUUUAAAAUACACACACAUGCAAACGUGGAGAAGCACAAUGGCCCAUGUGGUUAGCUCACACACACGCGUACACACACACACACACAAAGGAGCCUGCACAAUAUACAGAUGGAUGUGAGCGAACGGAAUCGGGGGCUACAGCAGGUGGUCCGUGAGAAAUAAAUGUUAGCUUUUUACAAAUGAAGGAUUCCAAGAAGCAUUUCAAAAAGACAAAGUGUUGAGUUCAACGCCCGCAAGGUUGAACGUGCUCAAAAGCAGCAUAAGCACCCAUCCCUGCUGUUACUUAUAUGCAGAAGGACAAGCUUGUGGCUCGCUCGUACGCCAUCAUACAAAACAGUACUUCCUAUUUUCGUUUUCGUGCGCUACAUCGAAUGUGGCUUUUAAGACGGUAACGCAGAGAAAUAUGCAUUUCGCUCGCUGUUUUUCCCGCAACACUAAAUUGAAUUGACAGUAAUAAAAAAAGUAAUAAAACUUUUGUGACGUACACACCUUGAUAUCUCUUAGCGUUUUGUCAGGCUGGGAAGGAGUCACUACAAGUGCAAAUUCAUCUUUGUGACCAGAUGGGCUAUCGGCAUCACUGCUCUGGGAAACCUCGUAUCCUCUAAAGGCCAAGAAUAAAGAUCAAGUCUUGUAAUAUGAAUGAGCUUAAACGCAAGCGUUCCAAGACCUUUAACGAACGAUUGAUCUUUGCUUAAGCCAGCCAACAUUGACUCAUUUGGUAACAUUGGUGACGUAAACGUAUUUCAUGCCAAUCUGUCGAUUUCAUCAUUUAACCUCAGUUUUAUUUAUAACCUAAAAAAGUCCAACAAAGGACUCUCAGGCCUCCAUUGUCGUAGACAGCGCAUCUGCGGCGGAUUCUGAUUUUCCAAGCUGGGCGUUCUGGCGCAACGAGGGUGUGUCCUGAGAGACGCACCUGCUGGAGUGACAAAUUGGUGGCAGAAAGUCGAUCUAAACUUAGGCCUGUCCUGGCGCAAGCUAGACCGCUGGUCUAAUGGGAGUUCGGUCAAUUUCAUCAGAGCGCAGGCAGACCGAUAUUUAAACAGCCGGCACUCGUCACCUACUCAGUCUGUAUUUAAUGAGGGCACCCGCUCACAUCACACUGGCCAAAAGGCGCGGAUGGCCGCAAUUACGCGUCGUCCACUUGAGAUGUCUCCGUCGAGCCUGUCAGUUGAGCCACAUUUAAAGGGGAUGAGAGGAGCCGCUUUGAUCGGCAGCGACUGAAGUUGGCCGGGAACACUCCCGCAGUGGCGCAGCCGCCCACGCCGGCAUGCUCUCGCCUACCAAAUGACCCGCACCGGGCUAACCGGCCCCUGGCACACAGUCGCGCCACAUGUACGCCGGUCGGUCACGAAAUAGGGCCCUUGGUGUUUUUCUCUCAAAGACACAAACUCGGCUUCCUUUUAAGUCUUUUCUUUCUCAUCCCGCAAACGCUUGCAAGCGCCCGCCCUGUGUCGCCAUGACAAUCUGCAUUAUCAUCAUCAUUCCCACCACCUCCAGUGGAGUUGCUAUGGUUACUGUGCAAUGUGGGUUUCGAAAUGUGUUAAGAUCGAGUGAGAGGCAGCAGAGAUCGGUGAAGAUGGAUGGUUUGUUUGAGCAACAUUAAAGACGUACUCUCUGACGCGACUGCCUAUUGACCGAUACUCUUACAAUGACUAUAUUUAUAAUCAAUCAUUUUUAGGAGCACGUGGUGCAAAAAUAAUUGACUUGCCGGAGUACCGCUUUAAAUUGCUUAAUCCAACCCGAAACUGCAUCCAAGCCAAAUUUUCAUGGUCCCAAAGCAGCCACUCUCCUUCUUCAGAGAAUAAUUGUGCUAUUUAAAUCACAUAGAGAUUCUAAUAUAUAUAUAUAUGGAUAUCUGCAACAAAAAUAGAAUUGUAUUUAUGGUGUAUGUGUCAACCUGAAGACUAUUUUUCAAAGUUAACAGAUCUAAUCUGAGUGUUGAAUUAAGUUGCUUCUCCAUGCUUCAGUGGUGCGAGCUGAUGACUUUUCGUACGGUUGCUUGUUGGGAUGUCGUUUUUGCCCACGUGUAUUCUAUUGUCCCACUGUAGCGACGUGUGUGUAUAAUACAAGCAACACUUCUUCUUUAACUCUUUUUCCUUUGGAUUUCAUGAAUGGCAGUUGUGUUCCUUUGAAACAUGUGCCUUGCUUUGUGUUUUUGCUCUGACUUUUAGUACACUAUAUGCGUAUAUGAACCAUAUUCCUCCAUUAAAUGAAUAUGUCAGCCUCUCACCUUCUCCUAUACAAUAUUUGACAUGUGUGUGUUUUUUUUUUUAUCUGACCUAAAAGGACCAUGAUGACAAGCAUGGCCUUUUUCAUCUUCAGGAACUAAUUUAAUUCACUCUACUUGAGGCUCACUUCACCUUUUAAACAGAAAAGUCUAAGCAGGCCCAGAGUAAACAUAAAUGGCGGAAUCGUCAGUAAGUAUGUUGAUUGCUAAUAUUAACUUCUUUGACAUCCCAAACAUUCAAAUGUUCCUAAAUGUAUGAUAUUUAUUUUGUUGUUGUUUUUUUUCCCAAACGCAGGUUAAACAAAUGUACUGUACCCAUCAAGCGUGUAGAAAGGGAAACUCCGACUUGCCAUGUCCAUGCCAGUGACCUUUCACCCUGUGCAGCCGCAGCUCUCAAUUAGGCGGUGUUUGUUUUCAAAUAUUGAAUAUGUUCUGCUCAUUGUGCUCAUCUGUUUUUUUUGUUGUUGUUGUUGUUGUUUUUUGAAGGCAUGUUGGGGUUGGAGUGUUUUUUUUUUUUUUUUGGGGUUAAAAAGACAGAUGGUAACAUUUGAUUUCUGUUCUUGAAAAAAACAAAAAAAAGCCGAGCCAUUUAAAAUCGAUUUCCUGCCUGUGCUGAUGUGAACAGAUGCCAGACUGGUGUGACGGACAGGAGGCCGAAUGUGUGUGCGCGUUUUUUGUUGCUCUGCUUUUGUGUGAAACGCGUGUGAGACUAGUGUGUGCGUGUGUGUGCGCGUGGAUGUUGCAGUGAGUGGCCAGUGGUUGGUGUGCUUGCAGUGACUGCAUCGUACGGCCAUCAGCUCUAAAUAAAUAAACGUUCUUUCCAAAGUGCA